UCAAAGCUCUGUGAUGUACCUCUGUACCCGUUACACGUACAACUAAGAUCCUCUGAACAAAGCCGCGUCUUUGUCGCUGACAUUUACCAAACAGCCAUUAUUAUAACAACGCUUGAAAAUGGAUCGUAGUCUUGAUGAGAUCGUUGCUGAGUCCCAGCAUAAAAAGCGAGGCUCUAGACCUCGUCGAGGCGGUGGUGGAAAUGGAGGUGGUGGAGGUGGUGGUCGACCUCGCGAACGCGACACCUAUCCCCGCGAUGGCGUAAGAAAGUCAACCCGAGAUGAUUCGAGAAACAUGGAUUCAGAAUGGGUUCACGACAAGUUUGACGAGCCUGGCUCUCGCAACCGCCAGCGAAACCCACGACGUCGGCCGUCUCCGGAUCGAUUCCAAGAGACUCGUGGAGUAAAAGUCAAGGUAGACAACUUGCACUACGAGCUUACGGAGGAAGACCUCGAUGGUUUGUUUGCCAAGAUUGGUAAUGUUGUGAAGCUCGAGUUGCUGUACGACCGUGCUGGCCGCUCGGAAGGUACAGCAUUCGUUACCUAUGAGAAUCGAAACGAUGCAAUGGAGGCGAUCAAGCAGUACGAUGGUGCCAAUGCCAAGGGUCAGCCAAUCCGCCUAUCGACUGUUUCCUCGGCUCCCCGACGUAACCCAUUCGACACCGCACACAUGCCCGGUCGUCCGUUAGCCGAGCGGAUAACUCGACCUCGUUCUCUUUCACCUCGCCGCAACUCAGACAGAGACCGAGGCGUUGACCGCUACGUACCUGGCCGUGUCAGUCGGUCGCGCAGCCCCCUUCCUCGCCGACGUGGCAAUGGAGGCGGCGGUGGUAAUGGUGGUGGAAGACGACCUGGCGCUCGACGCGAGGCAGGCACUAGCACACCUAACGGCCGAGAGCGAACUGGCCGGGAUGGACGCCCCAAGAAGACGCAGGAGGAGCUGGAUGCCGAGAUGGCAGACUACUUCAACCCCAGUGGAAGCAACGACGCAGCCCCGGCGGCACAGACAAGCGCCAAUGCCCCUGUCGGUGAUGAUGUGGACAUGAUUGAGUAAAUUGGUCUGGCGGACGGUCAUUCAUUGCAUGGUAAACACAUGAUUGCUUGUACGGAGUAUUAAGAUGGGUCAACAAGAGUGCUUUUAGUCUGAAUUUGACAUCUUCGGUAUCGUGCUAGGCAAAUAAAAUCUUCCUAGCUACAUGUCUGCUAUUCUACCCAUCUCACAAUGCAGUAAAUGCAGGUGUAGUGUCUGAAGCAGAUCGUGAUGGUAGAC